AUGUUUAAACCCGUAUCUAGGCCACGAAAGAGCUGCAAACGUAAAGGUGAGAAGGACGGUUCGAUCGCACAGCAGCUUUUCUGCCCAUUUACAUUCUGCGUGGUGAGUCCCCAUGACAACCGAUUUUUUUUCAUUUGCUAUCCACUUCUCGUGCUUAUCUCGCGAGAUUCGCGUUUGAGGCUUGAGGCACCAUCUGUAAUGAAAAAGAAUACAGGACUGGACAUAGACACCUGCAGAUGUAUAUAUGGCGACAUAAAUAUUCAGAAAUAUGAACUGAAAGUCUUCGCAGUCUUAAAGUAUUCCCUCUUAGUUGAGCAAUUCAUUUGCAAAUUUAUGUCACAAAAAACUUCACCUAAAAUAGCUCUCGUUACCGGCUCUAAUGGAGGGAUUGGCAAGGCCCUUGUGGAAGAGUUUCACCGUCGUGAAUACAAGGUAUACGCCACCGACCUUUUGUUCGCUACAGAGACAAAAUCAGAAUUAGAGUUGAAGGACGUCAUUUGUCUUUUGAUGGAUGUUACCUCUGAGGAAGAUGUUCGUCGAGUAAGCAAACAGGUAGCCUUAGAGAAUAAUGGAAGGUUGGAUUUUUUGUAUUGCAAUGCAGGAAGAGUUGAAGUCGCGCUUGCUGCAGACCUCAUAGAUGAACAAAUUAAAUCGUUGUACGAACUGAACUUAUUCGCAAACAUGCGUCUUGUGAGACAUUUUGUGCGCCCGUUGAUCAACUCGAAAGGGACUAUUGCAUUCUCUGGCUCGGUCACAAAGGACGUGCCUUUUCUUGGGAACAGUCUGUACAGCUCUUCAAAGGCUGCACUUGAUGAAUAUGCCUUUGUUUUGCACAGCGAACUCAGAAACUAUGGUGUCAAGGUGAUAGACGUUAUUGGAGGCUACAUAAAGACCCCCAUAUUCGAGUCUAGAGGCCCAAAGAUACCACCUGGCUCCAUAUAUGACUUUCCGAAGUUCAAAAAUUUGUUUGAUAAUCGAAGGGAAAGGAUGCAAAGCUCAAUUGAACGCGCAAUGGAACCAAAGGUGUUUGCUCGCCGCACCUUGGACAAGAUCGAAAAAGCUGACAUCAGUAUCUUCCGCAUCCACGAAGGUUAUAAGUCAGGCACAAUCCACCUUCUUUGUAAGUGGCUUCCAUCUAAUAAACUUGUUGAUUACUUUUUGAAAAGUUUGCAACUAGAUUUCAAUUAUAGGGAUCACUUGAAGGAUGAUAAAGUUUAA